AUGGGAACUCGGAAUCUCAUUUGCAUCCGAAAAAAUCGGCAAUGGGUUGUUGCCAAGUAUUGCCAGUGGGAUGGCUAUCCGUCAGGCCAAGGUAUGAAAUUGUUCAAGUUCCUCCACGUUGAAGAGAACAUUGCACGUCUGCGAGCGGGCCUAGCCCAUAUCUACAAGCCGACUGAAGACGAAUUUCAGAAAUAUUACGACGCUGAAGAGACAGCUGACGAAUCUUCGCCGUGGUUGCUCUCCCUGUCCAGGGAUACGGGCGGUGGAAUUCUCGAGUUAAUCGCUAAUGCCACUGCCGACCACAAAUUGCCGAUCGUAUCUGAGCUGAUAGUAUGCCUCUUCUGCGAAUGGGCAUAUAUUGUCGACUUGGAUGACGAAGAACUAACCGUCUUCGGAAGCAGCGAGCGUAAUUACAACGGUCACCCUUUCGAAGAAGUGUGUGGCGACGGGUCCUAUGUUCCCAAGUGUAUGGCUGUUUUCACUUUCUCGGUACUUCAAAGCUUGAAUGAUCAAAUAUUCAACGAGGUUGCGAGUGAUAUCGAAAAUAGAGCAGACCUGAACUUAAUGCCAGUGGAGGCGGAACCGACCGAGUUAAAUGCCAACGAAGAUGCCUCUAAGAGUGAUUCUAAUGGAAAUGAUGCCAGUGAGGAUAGUGUUGAUGCUGUCACCUCCUAA